AGACAGAAGGAGGGAGGCAGAGAUGCUGGGGGUGGCGGCGGGAGAGAAGCUGCAGAGGCUCCUCCCCGCCCUGGGCAGCACCAGCCCAGCCCUGUUGUUCUGUCACUGAGCGCAGGGCUGCGGUGGCGGGAGUCGCCCCCUCCCGCGGGCCCCCUUCCCCGCCCGGCCCGCCGCCGCCGCCGCCGCGCUGCCCCCUGCUCCAUGGCUGGCACAGUGGGUGACAGAGCCCAGCGCGGCCGGGCGGCACCAUGAGGGGCGGGAGCCAGCAAGGCUGCGCCUGCCACCACUUGUUCCGCAAAGUCCUGGCCAAGUGCAGCUGCUGCCCCUCCCGGGCACGAGAUCCUUACUCCAUCGCAGGCAGCGAUGGCAGCAUCUCUGCCUCCGUGGCUUCCAUCCAGCCACAGGCAUCCAGCAGCUCGGCUCCCAGCUCCCCCGCCUCCCGACACUCGGUCAGCACCCUCAAGAAAUGGCUGACCAACCCCGUGCGCAAGCUAAGUGCCGGCGGGCUACCUCGGGGCGAACGCCCACUCAGGAAACAAGAGGGCCGGGCUCGGCGGCACGGGCGACAGGAAGAUCGCAAGAGCAUCGACUUGGGCCUUCUGGGGCAAGCAGAGGGGCCCUUUGCUGUCCCACCGCAGGAGUCGGUAGGCACGGAUAGCACUGCUCAUCUCCCAGACCUUUCCCUGUUCUCCAGCCAGCUAGAAGGGGACGGCUCAGGAAAACGCACCCAGGGCCCUGACUCUUCUCUGCUCCUUAGUGACCCUCCGAACCCCGAGCCCACUUCAGAACCUCCUAUUCCACCCCCAGCCUCUGAGGAACAGGAAGAGGAGGAGAGGCUCAGUGCCUUAGAAAAGAGUAUGUUUGUUCUCAGGGAGUUGAUUGAGACUGAGAAGAUGUACGUGGAGGACCUGGGCCAGAUUGUGGAGGGCUAUAUGGCGACCAUGAAUGCCCGUGGUAUCCCAGAGGACAUGAAGGGCAAGGACAAGAUAAUCUUUGGGAACAUUCACCAGAUCUAUGACUGGCACAAAGAUUAUUUACUCAAGCAGCUGGAGAAGUGUCUGGAGGACCCUGAUCUUCUGGCUGAACUGUUCAUAAAGCACGAGCGCCGUUUGCACAUGUACGUUGUUUACUGUCAGAACAAACCCAAAUCUGAGCAUAUUGUGUCCGAGUUCAUUGACAACUACUUUGAGGAACUGAAGCAGGAACUGGGGCACCGCUUGCAGCUCAAUGACUUGCUCAUCAAACCCGUACAGCGGAUCAUGAAAUACCAGCUGCUGCUCAAGGUGCUAACGUGGGAGGAUUUCCUGAAAUACUAUGGCAAAGCUGGCAAGGACACAGAACAGCUGGAGAGAGCUGUGGAGGUGAUGUGUUUUGUUCCUAAGCGCUGCAAUGACAUGAUGAAUGUGGGGCGUCUUCAGGGCUUUGAGGGGAAACUGACGGCGCAGGGGAAGCUGCUGCAGCAGAACACCUUCUGGGUGACGGAGCAGGCAGGCGGGAUCCUGGCCCGGGGCCGUGAGCGGCGCAUCUUUCUCUUUGAGCAGAUUGUCAUCCUGAGUGAGACCCUGGAGCGGCGGCGUGGUCCAUACGCCGCUCCAACUUACGCCUUCAAGAGCAGCAUCAAGGUCAGCUGUUUGGGCCUGGAGCCCUGCGUGGAUAAUGAUCCCUGCAAAUUUGCACUGAUCUCUCGCGGCGCAGAACGGGGCACCAUCCGUUACGUACUGCAGGCAGCAACGUCAGAGAUUGCCCAGGCCUGGGUGGCUGACAUCAGCCUCAUCUUGGAGACACAACGCGACUUCCUCAACGCACUGCAGUCGCCCAUAGAGUACCAGCGCCGAGAGAGCAAAACCCAUAGCCUAGGACGUAUUGGAGUCCCGCAUCAUUCACUGCCUGGUGGACCCAGCCGGCCCUGCUCCUCCGUCUCCAUGGACCAGAGCAAGGGAUCCAGCCUGCAGCCUCACAAUGCCUCUCUCCCCUCCCUCUACCUUCCUGGCCCAGGCCAGCCUGAGCAACAGGCCUAUGUUGAGCCAUCUCGCAGCCAAAGCUCUCCAGGGCCUGGACCAGUUCACAUACCUUCCGGCGGCUCCGAGGUGCAUCUCUCCAAUUCCUCCCAGCAGGAGUCCCUGCACACGGCCCAGAGUGAUGACGACGCCAGGCCGCUGCUCCCUGAUCCUGAAGUCCCGGAAAUCAGUUUCCCUCAAGGCUGUGCUCAACUUGCCCAACUUGAUGAGGAUGAGCUGUGACUCUUGGACUGUGGGAAAGCCCCUGUCAGACCUGCAGGGUGGGGGGCUUUGGAGAGAUCUAACUAGCUCUUCCCUCUCCUUCUUCCCUCCCUCCUUCUGCUGUCUCCAAGGGAAAGAGAGACCACAGCAGCAGCAUGGUGGAAACUCUUGCUGCCCUCUGGUCCUGCUCUGUUUGCCCAGACACCCCCCAUCCUAUGAAAGGGACGCAGAACCCCCACAUUGGGACCAGAGAGUGCCGCUGGUGGCCCUUCCCUUUUCUCCAGACCCCUGUAUAUGCAUGCUGUGGGGCUGUAGGGGCUUCAGGUCGGGGCUCUUGGACGAGGGAGUUGGAUUGUGUGAAUUGAGAAUUUUAUUUUGUUUGUUGUAAUAAUAAAGAUUUUAGUUAAAACAAA